AUGUCCGCUUCGUCGCCCGCACACUUGCACAAGUGCACCGAUGCCACCAUCGUACCCGGAAAGACGACCAUCCACUUCACCAUCACCGACAAAGUCGGCGCUCUCGACGAGUGUCUCACUGCCAUCAAAGCCAUGAACAUCUCCCUCACCCGCAUCGAGUCUCGCCCGAGCAAGACGUCGGAAUUUGACUACGAGUUCUUUGUCGAUUUUGAGGCUGCGACCUCAAAGCAGGUCCUAGAAGUCUCAAAGUCCCUUGAGGCCAUCUCCAAGCAAGUCCAUGUUGUCGGCACCGGCGGUGUCGCUGGCGCUGCCUCAACUGACAUCCCAGAUUCCACGCCUUGGUUCCCUCGCAAGAUGGUCGACUUGGACACCUUUGCAGACAAGGUCCUUGAGAUGGGAGAGGAACUUGAUGCUGACCACCCUGGUGCCAAGGAUGCAGUUUACCGUGCCCGUCGCUCAGAGAUCACCAAGAUUGCAAAGACAUAUAAAACGGGCCAGCCCAUCCCUCAUGUCGAGUACACGGCGGUCGAGAAGGAGACCUGGACAACCGUCUUCAACAAACUCAUCACCAUGUUCCCCAACUAUGCCUGCAGAGAGCACCAAUACGUCUUCCCGCUCUUGAUCCAAAACUGCGGCUAUGGCCCCGACAACAUCCCUCAACUCGAUGGGGUUUCGAAAUUCCUCAAAGACUGCACUGGAUUCACUCUGCGUCCUGUCAUGGGCCUCUUGACCAGUCGCGACUUUUUGAAUGGUCUGGCGUUCCGAGUAUUCCACUCGACCCAGUACAUUCGUCACCACUCCAAGCCGCUUUAUACACCUGAGCCGGAUGUCUGCCAUGAGCUUCUGGGACAUGUGCCCCUCUUCGCCAACCCGGACUUUGCAGAUUUUUCUCAAGAGAUUGGGUUGGCCUCGUUGGGGGCCAGCGAUGACGAUAUCGAGCGUCUGGCGACCAUCUACUGGUUCACGGUCGAGUUUGGAAUCUGUCGACAGGGGGACCAACUCCGUGCGUAUGGUGCGGGCCUGUUGUCAUCCUUCGGAGAGCUGGAGUACUGUCUCAGUGACAAGCCUGAGGUUCGCCCCUUUGAGCCGUCCAAGGUUGCCCAACAGAAGUAUCCGAUUACAGAGUACCAACCUGUGUACUUUGUUGCAGAGUCAUUCAAGGAUGCCCAAAUGCGUGUACGCGAGUUUGCCAACUCGCUGUCGAGACCCUUCUCGGUUCGUUAUAAUGCAUACACGGAGAGCAUUGAGAUUCUGGAUUCGAAGGAGAAGGUGUUGAGGUAUGCGCAGUCUAUCAAGACCGAUAUGCUGACUCUUGUCGACGCCCUUGGCAGAUUGGCGUAA